ACUUUACUUGCAUCCUCGUCCGCGACAUCGCGAGGAACACUCCGGGCACCACAACCCAGCGCGACCACAGCGCACACAAUGGCCAAGGAACGCGGGCCUUCGUCCUCCCAGCAGGCGGGAAGCAGCCGGGCCGCCGCAGCUCCGGGCACGCCAGGACGGCGGCGCCGCGGCGACGAAUAUGUGCCGUUCAAUGCGCGGCCGCAGGCCGUGGGCUCCCGCACAGGCAAGGUCAUGCCGACCAACGUGCCGCGCAACGAGGACGGAUUCGAGGACAUGGACGCCUUUUUCAAGUCGCCGGGCGAUGGGCCGUCCAGGCCGACGACCCGCACGCCAAAGAACCGGCGCAAUGGGGGCGGACCGAGCAGUAGCCCGAACGAUAGGCCAGCCCCACGCCGCAGGGGCAGGUUAAGCGACUUGCACAACGACGAUGAGGCGGAUUCGCUGGUCGCAGACGACCUGUUAGUCGACGAGGACGACAUCGGGAACACGACCCCGCCUGCGCCCUUCUUCCAGAGCUCGCCGAACCCGCCGCCCAGUGUGCCCUUGCCGAAGCGGUCAAACCUUCCCCUGCCCUCCCCGAGCGUGGGGUACGACAGUAUUCCCAGCCCAUUGGCGCGCGCAUCCAGCCGCCGCUCGACCAUCGGCGUGAAUUACAACCCAGAUUCGCGGACACCUAACGCGCGGUCUGCGAAGAACGCCGCGUCUGGCUCUGCGUCACGGCCAAACUUGCUCUCGCCGGCCGACAUUGACGAGAUGGGUGACGUCAGCUUAAGAUCGAGUGCGAGCCCGCAGCCGCGCAAGGGCCGGCCGUCGCGCGCUGCUGUCGAGGACGUGGAAGAGGAAGAGGGGGAGGAGGAGCUGUUCGACGACCCCGGCGAUGGAGAAGAGCCAGAGGAAGAGGAGCCAGAGGAAGAGGAGCCAGAGGAAGACGAGCCACCGGCCACAAAUUCCCAACCAGUCCGCACAAAGCGGACAAGCCUCGCACGACGGUACGUCCCCGACGACGAGGACGACGAACACGAGGACGGCGUGCCCGACAGCUUCCAGGAGGCACAAGGGAACGGCGACCACGAGCCGGCGUAUCUCGACGGAGGAGACGACUACGAUGGCGACGACGUCGGGUUAGAACAGGCCGCGAUGGACGAGGAGGACGAGGAGGGCGAGGAGGGCGAAGAGGGCGAGGAGGGAGAGGAUGGCGAGGAGCAGGACGGCCAGCCACCACCGCCAGUAAAGCGGGGGCGUGGGCGACCGCCAAAGAACCCCGACGCUCCUAGGGCACCGCGGACUCCUAGAGAGCCCCAAGAGCCAGAGGUCGUGGCCAAGCGGAAACGCGUGUCGCAGUUUGGCCUCGAACGAGAAACAGACUACCAAGGCGACUUUGAGAUGCGGCGCUCAGGCCGCAAGCACUUCAAGCCACUCAAGUGGUGGGCUGGCGAACACUUUGAGUACGCCCGAGGGCAGCACCAGCCCGAGAUCAAGGAGGUCGUGCGCAAACCCCAAGAGAUCCACCCCAAGCCUAGCAACCGUGGCCGUCGGCGCGGCAGGCCACGCUCUGGACGGAGUGAAAGCGUUGCUGCUCGCUCUGACCGCCGGGGUCGAAGUGAAUCGGUCGUCGAGGACGAGGACGAGGAGAUCGGGCUCGACGACGACUCCAUCCCUGUUGGCCAAGUUAACCAGUUUGCCAGCGACGUCGACGUCAAGCGGCGUGUCAUGUGGACCAAGAAGAUGCUCGAGCCCAAGGCUGUCCGAGACGCCAACUUCUUGUACCAAAAGGUCUUUGGUGAAGACAAGUUCCUGGCCUCUGGUGUCGUCAUCCUUCCUCUUGACGGCAGCAAGCCCGCCAAGCAGUCGAAAGACAAUGCCUACGUCUUUUACGUUAUGCAGGGUGUGGUGCGGGUGACGGUGCACAAGACGACCUUUGUGGCAGCCACGGGUGCCCAGUUCCUGAUCCCUCGGGGCAACAUGUACGAGAUUCACAACAUAUCCAAGAACAAGCAGGCCGAGCUGUUCUUUGCUCAGGCACGCAAGAUUAUGGCUACGGACGAGGAGGAGGAGGCGCUGGAGAACAUCGAGGCCGCGGAGGACGCGAGCCUGCUGCCUGUUGUGGCGGAAGAGGAAGAGUAGUAGUAAGGCUGUAUGGCCUCUGUUAGUGUAACAGGAUUUGGGCUCUUGUGCGUGUGUGAUGUAAUGUAGUUGUUGCGUGGGCA